CGGUUUAACCAACGCUUACAGUGGCGCCAGAGUUUUCGAACUUCGCUGCCGACCCUGGAGUACGCGUCCUCUGCGUGGUCGCCUGGAUGCAGCUUGCCAUGGCCGUACCCUCCCUUGAGGAGCUGGACUCCUUCAAGUACAGCGACCUGCAGAACUUAGCCAAGAAUCUGGGCCUCCGAGCUAACCUGAGGGCAGACAAGUUGUUAAAAGCCUUGAAAGCCCACCUUAAACACGAGGUAAAAAAAGAAGAUGAUAAUCGGGAUGGAAGUCAAACUUCUGCAUCGUCUUGUGAUGAGGCUGAGAUGCAGAGUGGCAGCCAGGAACAAGCUGAGAGGGAGCCGGUUGACCAUGGCACCAAAACCAGGAGAAGGUGCAGGACAGUCCACAGGAACCCUGACUCCCAGCAGGAUGAUUCAGAGAUAAAAAUAAGUGAUCACACUGAAUUGCAGAAUCAAGAGAAGCAGGAAAACCAGGAUCUCAGAACAGUUGCAGAAGUUCCUUCACCACCAGAUGAGAGCCAAGGAGAGGAGAAUGCCGUUUCCUCAGGAAAAAGAAGAAUAAAUGGUAAUGAAGAUUCAAAGGUACCUUCAGAAAGAAAGAAGCCUCUCUACACAGAUGGGUUUUCCAAACCUGGAAAAAGCAAAAGAAAUACAAGCACUACUCCAAACUUUAAGAAGCUUCAUGAGGCUCGCUUUAAAGAAAUGGAGUCCAUUGAUCAAUAUAUUGAGAGAAAAAAGAAACAUUUUGAAGAACACAAUUCAUUUAAUGAACUGAAGAAGCAGCUGGUCACCAAGGGAGCGGUGGUGACUCCGGUUCCUCUCCGGGGAAGGCUCCGCGCAGCUUGCACCCCCACCAGCCAGCGCCGCUUGCCAGGCCGGCCCCUGGGCGCUGCAGGCCGGAGCACCUUGUGUGGGAAGGGCUCCGCCAAGCGAGCCGUUCUCUCGGCUACAAAAAUGAAUGUCAGGUUUUCAGCUGCUACCAAAGAUAAUGAGCAUAAGCGUUCACUGACCAAGACUCCAGCCAGAAAGUCUCCACAUGUGAUCAUACCUGGGAGUACCCCAAAAGGCCAGGCUGUGCUCGGGACAGACAAGUUAAAGACCACAAAUGGAAAUUCUGUUUCUGUUGUUACCCCAUUCAAACUGACAACUCAGGCAGCACAGACUCCAGUCUCCAACAAGAAGCCAGUGUUUGAUCUCAAAGCAAGUCUGUCUCGUCCCCUCAACUAUGAGCCACACAAAGGCAAGCUGAAACCAUGGGGUCAAUGUAAAGAAAAUAAUUCUCUGAAAGAGCACGUAAACAGAGUUAGCUUCCACAAGAAAACUUACAAACAACCUCCUCUCCAGACUAGGGAGGAACAACGGAAACAACAUGAGCAAAGACGAAAGGAGAAGAAAGCAAAGGUUUUAGGAGCUCGAAGAGGCCUCAUUAUGGCUGAAGAUUAAUUUUUUAACAUCCUGUAAAUAGUAUUUUAUUCUGAACCCUUUCUUUAUUGUAAAUAUUUUUCUGUCUUUCCCAUUUUAGUCAAAAGACUUUUUUCUGCUCUUUGUUCACUAUCUAUGUAGUGUUGGUGGUUCUCUUCACAUACUACAUCCCUGAAAAGUUGUUACCUUAAAGCUCACAAAUUCUUUGAAAUGGUUUUUACCUAAGUUUCUGUACAAUUCAGUUUUCUAAUGAGACUCAUCCUAUAGAUUCUUGACCUAGAUCUUUAAUGUCAAGUUCCCUGUGCUGACAGAACUGGAAUCCUCUUCCAGACAGAAGCAUUUACCUGAGGGUAGGUAGUUGUACCACAACCUUUAGUAGAACCUAAACCACUAACAAGCUGAGAAAGCCACCUCAUCCUUCUCCAGAGGAUCGAGUCUUCUUAAUGAAACAGGGACCCAAACGGGUUGGUAAUGGCAUAAACUACCUAUGUGAAGUGUUUUGUUACCUAUGCACACUUGUUCCAAUCACUUGAUGGAAAUGCCCUCUGUCACUCAAUAUAUUCUUAAAAACUCUAUAGUUCAUUCUAGUCUUAAAAAUAUACAGGGCCAUACUGAAAUCUGAGGAUUGCUGCUUCAAGGAUUAAUAUGCUCUGUCAGAGUUACAUCUUACUCACUUUAUGGAAAAGACUAGAGUUGCUUAGCCUCACAACCAUGUUUGUUGCACCUAGGUAGAGCUUUGUACUGUUUAAGAUUUUCAUAAAUGUUUUCUCAUGGUGGUAGAUUCUUUGUAAAUAAAUUUACUUCAUGAUUGAGUUGACCAGCUAAGAUUAAGAAGUUUACUGGGGCGCCUGGGUGGCUCAGUUGGUUAAGCGGCUGCCUUCGGCUCGGGUCAUGAUUCCAGGGUCCUGGGA